UCUACCGCUGUCACAUUUUGUGGUGAGGAUGUCACUGUGGCGUUUCCUGAUUUUGCUGAGCAUCUUUAUGCUUUGUAAAGGUAAAGACAGUGAUUGCGACAACUUCACCGAUCUGGAUUUCCACGAAUCUUUCAUGGGCACCUAUCUCUACGUGCGCCUGCUGCUCUACACCCGUGCAAACCUCGAUUGUGGUCAGGAGCUCCCGCACCACAACUUCACUCAAGAACCCCUGUUUGAUGUAACCAGACCCACUACCUUUGUCAUCCAUGGGUACCGACCCACGGGGGCACCGCCUAUCUGGAUCAACCACAUCGUGCACUUCUUAGCAGCGCAGAAGGACAUGAACAUCCUAGUAGUGGAUUGGAACAGAGGGGCGGCCAACCUCAAUUACUUCACGGCUGUGGCCAACACAAGGGGUACGGCUGUGAACAUCACCGGCUUCAUAGAGAGUAUGGAGAAAGAGGGAGCAUCACUUGACUCCAUCCAUCUGAUUGGGGUCAGCCUGGGCGCACAUGUGGCCGGGUUCAUUGGCACGAUGCUGGGAGGACGGGUGGGCAGAAUCACAGGUCUGGACCCAGCAGGGCCAAUGUUUGCCAGUGCUCCCCCUGAGGAACGCCUUGAUCCAACUGACGCCCAGUUUGUAGAUGUGCUGCACACAGAUAUGAAUUCCUUUGGCCUUAGAGGAACCCAUGGCCAUAUCGAUUUCUAUGCCAAUGGAGGAUUAGAUCAGCCUGGAUGUCCCAAGACCAUCUUCUCAGGGAAAUCUUAUUUUGUGUGUGAUCAUCAGAGGUCUGUUUUCCUGUACCUGUGCGCUCUGAAUCACACCUGUAAGCUUACGGGAUAUCCGUGUUCCUCAUACAGCGACUUCCUCAGUGGCCAAUGUCUGCAGUGCGAGACCUUCAAGCCUGCUUCCUGUCCCGUUCUGGGUUAUGACAUGAGCCAGUGGAGAGACACACUCUUGAGGUUGGGGCAAACAAGAGCAUAUUUCUCAACUACAGCAGAGCUCCCUUACAGCAAGACAAGCUACAGAGUGGACCUAGUUACCUGGAACCAGUUUCUGCGCUGGGGGGUGGUCAUACUCCGACUGUACAAUGGAAAAAAUGUAAUUGAGUCCCGCAUAGAUAAUAAGCUGUUGAGGUUUGAGCAGUAUACAUCCACUCGACUACUGGCGCAGUUUGAUGAGGAUCUAUACCCAAUUCAGAAGAUUUCUUUACGGUUUGUUACUGGGAAUAUUAUUGGACCUCGAUACAAGAUGAGGCUGCUUCGUAUUCGGAUAUCCCCACUGGAAAAUCUAAACAGGCCACUGAUGUGUAGAUAUGAUAUUAUGUUGGAGGAGAAUGCUGAGGUGUCUUUCAAACCAUUGCCCUGUGAUUAAUUUCAUCUUUAGGAAAUUACACUGAAACACCUGUCUAAACUAUAACAGACAUUUUAAGGGAAUCUAAACAGUUUAGUGCCUUUUCUGUGAGAUUUCAACUGUGAUUGCACUAGUAUAACACUGUGCAGCUUUACAAUAUUAAAUUCUGUUGGAACAAUUUAUAGUAUGCCUGUAUUGCUAGUCUUAAUC